AUGAAAAACCUUUUUUAUUCUUCAAACAUGCCAAACGAAUCGGCGCAACUGAUAGACUGCGAUGUGGGACACAGCAAAAUCAACCUUGCGGCAGUCUAUUCUCUCAUGUGCUUGUCUGGGACAAUUUUAAACCUUUUGGGCGGCUACCUGGUCAAGACAUUUAAGAAACGUCGAACGGCUAGUAAUGCGUUCAUUGUGAACGGCUGAAUAGCCGAACUGUUGGUGUGCGCGAUUUGGAUGCCGCACGAGGCAGUGGAGAUUUCUUCUGGUAGUCCUUUUCCGGCUGGGUACCAAGCCUUCAAAGAUGCGCUCCUAUUACUCGGCAUCACUUCUCUUUUCUCCCAUUCCCUCAUAGCCGUCAAUCGAUACGGUUUGAUUACCAAAUCACCAGCGACGUAUCUGCCCAUCUACCAAAAAAGACACACAUAAUGAAUGCUAAUUGCGUCUUGGCAUUCGGUGCUGGGAUUUCUUCUACCCUGGAUCACGUCUUCGCGGUACCCACAGGAAGGAUGCUCAUAUCUCCCUGCUUCCGCAGCAUCACUGCUCGAUGGAGGGAGGCCCAUUCUCUCUGACCCAUUUGAAGCUGGUACCCUGGUGUUGACUAUUAUUGGUAAGACAAUGGUUGUUUUGUAUUGUUAUUUCUAAAUAUUUCGAAGGGUGCAGAUGAGUAUGAAGAGGGUCAACAUAUUACAUUUUCUUAUCGUGAAUAACCUUCCCUAUUCGCUCGCCAGAAAGGACAAACGUUGGGGGUUCUACGUGUUGGCAGUGUGUUUCAUAUUCAUCCUCACUACAGAGCCCCAUUUCCGGGUGUUAUUAACAGCACUUCUUUUUACCACGGUUCCAUUGGCACUUGGGACAUGUUCAUGGAUUCGUUUCUGCACUAUCUUGGAGUUUAGAAAAUAUUUCAGAUCUGUGCUCAAGGGAGAAUUUUGGAGAGGGUCUGCAGUUGGAGUUGAGCCCAUUACCAUGAAUACAAUAUCUCAGCUUCUCCCAAGACAUUGAACAUAAUCUGAACUGCUAUGACAUUGUUUAUUGUAAGGAUACAGCUGCUACAGUGUUUUAGAAACACUAUAAUGUUACUCUCAAUUGGAAAAUGUUAGUGAUGCUGUUACAGCGUUAUUCUGUAGGUCCAUUAUGGAAUACUGUCACUGGAAGCACACUCAACAAAUUAGUCAAAUAUUUGUAAAAACAUUAUGUAUAACACUAGUUUGUCUAGUUUCAUGUAUUUUUCAA